AUGGAAGGAAGAAAGGAUUUGGAAAAAUCUACCAAGCAUGAUCAAAGUCAGGUUUCAAUGUGUUCUGAGAAACAAUUUAUACAAAACUGUGUUGUGCAACUGGAACACAUACCACCUUCAUCCCUCGAUAAUAUCAACAUACCUGAAUAUGCAAAAGACUCAAGACAAAGACUUUCCAUUGCUAACGAUGAUAAUAAAUCAAGAAAGUUCACAAAUAACAUUAAUAAGGAAGUGAAUGAGACCAAAGUUUACAUUUGCGAUACAUGCAACAAAACAUUCAUGAGAAGACAGUCGUUUCUCCAACAUUUACGUAUACAUAACAAAACUUACGCUUGUGAUAUAUGUAAAAGAAAGUUUACACUGCAAAAGUAUUUAAGAAUGCAUGAAUUAGUACACAUACAACAGCAUUUCUCUUGCAAAGUUUGUAAUAAGAAGUUUACAACACAGGAAACAUUAAAAAGACACGAAUUUGUUAUACACGAAGCGGAGCAUUUGUCGUGUGAUGUAUAUAGUAGGGAGUUUACGUGGAAAACCAGUUUGAUCAGACAUAUGCUAAUACAUAGCGAAGAGACACCGUACCACUGCGAAAUAUGUAAUACACAUUUCAGAUACAAGGACACUUUAGCUGCUCAUAUUCGACAGCACAAUGAUAAGAUGCUAUACACCUGCGAAAUAUGCAAUAAGAAGUUUUUAUGUCACUCCAAUUUAUGCAGACAUAAACUUUUACACAAUAAAAUGUACUCAUGUUACGAAUGUGGCAAAAAGUUUUUAUAUGCUUCGUCCUUACGCAAUCAUGAAAAUAUUCACACCAGAGAAAAAACAUUCCAAUGUGAUAUAUGUGAAAAAAAGUGUACAACUAAGAAUAAUUUAAUCAAGCAUUUGUCAACACAUUUGCAGGACCGACCUCGAUCUUUUUCUUGCAGUAUGUGUAGCAAAAAGUAUUUUAAUAAAAAAAACUUAACUGAGCACAACAAACUUACUCACACCGGCAAAAAGCUUUUCGUGUGCGAUAUUUGUGAAAAGGUAUUUAAGUGCAAACAAUAUUUAUUAACCCAUCUUAACCGCAUUCAUAGUGGAGAGAAAUCACAUUCUUCUCAAACUGAAAUUCAAAAGCCUCACAGCUGCGAAAUAUGUGGAAACAAGUUUAGAAUCAAAUCACAUUUAACAAUACAUCAGCUGAUCCAUACUGGAGAGAAACCACAUAGUUGUGAAAUAUGUAAAAAAUCCUUCAGACACAAAUCAACAUUAACGUGUCAUAUGAGAACACACACGGGUGAGAAGCCAUACAAAUGCGCAGUGUGUGCACAACGGUUCACAUCAAGUAGUCAUUAUAACAAGCAUAAGCGAGAUGCACAUAAAUAA